UAAACAACACAUUUUUCAUGAGUUAUUUAAAAAAAAUAGGUAUUUAAAUAAAUAAUAUCAAUGGAAGAAAAGACAUACAAUGCUUCAGAUAGUGAAAAUGAAUAUUCUUCAGAGAGUGAAUCAAAAGAAGAAAUCACGUAUUUCGAAGAGUCUUCGGAAAGCGAAGCAGAAGAUGAAUGUGACCUCUGGGAUAAUGAUUGCAAAGUUAUUACUACUACAAUACCACCUUCAUCCCUUAUAGGUUAUCAUUUACUGCCUACAAACAGUACAGACACAGAUUGUCCAUUAAAAAAGAAGCCAAAAAUAUCUGCAUCAAUUAGAAACACUCUAUUAUCAGACAAUUUAGUGAACCAACUGCAAUUGCAUUGGAAUAAAAAUGAAAAAUUUUACAAUGAAGACUUGGAAUUAAUUGUCGAUCCAUUUAAAGUUUGCGUUAUAAACAAUUUUAUACAGGAUGAAACUUUUUUAUGGAACGUUCAAAAAGAAUUUAAUGAUCUCGAUUGGAACUUGAGAAACAUGGAUUUGUAUGAGUUUUUCCAGUCUAAAGACUUGAAAUAUUUAAAUUCUGAAUAUCUUAGUAUUAUCUUUGAUUUUCUGAAGAAUGAAGUUAGAGAGUGGGUGUCAAAUUUAACUGGAUACAGUUUAACGCACGUAUCUGCAACUUGUAGUUUGUACAGUAAUACGGAUUAUCUUUUAGUACACGAUGAUCAAAGAGAAGACCGCAUGGUAGCGUUUGUUUUAUAUUUAACAGGAAAAGACGGUUGGUGCGAAGGUAAAGGGGGCGCUCUACAGUUAUUGAGCAAAGACGAACACGGUCAACCCAAGGAAAUCAUUAGGGAUAUAUUUCCAGCCAAUAAUCAAUUAGUAUUGUUUCCGGUGACUAGCGAUUCUUAUCACCAGGUAUCUGAAGUAACGAGUAUCGAUGACACCAGACUCAGUAUAAACGGAUGGUUCCAUGUCAAAGUUCCACCCGUUUUUAAACUACCCAUUUAUCCGCCACUGGAAAGUGGUUUGUAUAGCAGACAUACUGUGAAAGCCAAAGAAGUUGACAUCGAUUUAGAAUCGUGGAUUGCUGAAGAUUACCUCAACUCGAGGGCUAUUAAACUCAUCCAAAGGCACAUAGAAGAAAAUUCAGAAAUUUCUCUAAAGAAAUUCCUCAGAGCCGAAUGUUUUGUUGAAAUAUCGCGAGCAUUGGAAAGUCCAGAUAUAAGAUGGAUACCUUUCGGGCCUCCAAAUAGGUAUAACUACGAGAAAAUCGAUUUGGAAUGCUUGCCGCACAUCAUCGAAAGGUUUUUAAAUCUAUUUCAAUCCAGCAGAAUGUUUUCAUUGCUACAACGAUAUACGGAUUUGGAACUGACAGGAUCCAACGCGUCGAUGAAAUUCGAAUUACAAAGAUGGACGAGCGGCAAUUAUUCACUUCUCACCGAUUUCGAUUGGGCCGAGAAGAACGAAUUGGAUUUAAUUUUGUACUUUGGAUGUUCGAAGAGUUCAGACGUGAUCGGUGCUAGAACCCAAUACGUCACCAUCGAGGAUGAAAUUCAAAACGCUUUAAUCACUUUAGAACCUGAAGAAAAUAAUUUGAAUGUUAUAUACAGGGACUCGGCUAGAUUUACCAAAUACUUUAGUAAGCAGAGUAAGUGUAAACAGUUUUAUGUGUUGAUUUGUUCGUAUUCUGAAUAAAUGUGUACGUUAGAUUUGCAGUUGUUUCUUUUUGAAUUGUUUCUGUUUCUGAGUAAAAGGGAUGAUUUAAAGGGACUCUUUAAGUGGAAAAGUUUUCCCUCAAUAAGAUUUCGUUUCGAUUUUAUCGAGAAUCGAUAUUUUGUGUCGCAAUUUCGAUUUUUUGAGUUGUGAUCGAUGGAAAGUUCGAAGAUCGAUUCUUGCUCACUUCUUAUAAGUUGAUAUAGACUCAGAAUCGAUUUUUUUUAGCCCCAAAGAAUCGAUCUACUAUAAAAUUGAUAGUAUUGAUUCUCGAUUCUAAAAAAUCGCUUGUAAAAAGAUCGAUCUUUGAUUAAAUCGAGUCGGAAUCAAUUUUUUUUAGUCCCAAAGAAUCGAUAUACUAUAAAAUCGAUUCAAAAUUGACAUUGAUUCUUGAUUUUAUAAAAUCGUUUAAAAAAGAUCAAUCCUAGAUUAAAUCG